GUGCCUGCCUUGGCUUCACCGAAGCCGAAGGCGUCAUGAACUGCCCGCGAUUCCACGGUAAAGCGUAAACUCGUUGCAAAAUUCCAAUCCGUCAAAAACACACACCUGGGAACGCUCACUCCUCGGUUAGUUAGUACUUAGUAAGUUAGUGGUUCAGAGCAGUGCAACUGCAAGGAUUCCGAAUGGGCGAGCGAGAAGAGAGAGAGACGUGGACGCUAUUUGGUCAUUCAAAGGUAGUCGCUAGCCAGCGCUUGUUGUGCGUGUGGUGUGGGUUAGCACGACGCAUCCGGUGUGGAGUUUCGUGGAAAGGAACAAGGCUCCACCAGUAGGCACACGAACACCUGUGCAAUCCCAGCGCCGCAUUGGCAUCAAGAUGGUGUCCCUGGGCUUGACGGAUUACAUUGUGCUAGCUAUCGGCGUCGUAGUGUUGCUCUUUGCCAUAGCAACAGUCAUCCUGAUUAUCUACUGUGGCUACUGCAAGGAGGUCUGCGGAGGCUGCUGCUCGAGCAACGAUGAAGAAACCGCACGACCAAUGACCAGGCCUCAAAGCCAUCGAGCAGGCAUGCCGCGGGGUUACAACAUGAAGGCCAGGUCGUCUCUAACACCGCUCGCUGCAAAUGACGCUCUGGAGCAGUUUUCUUCAGGGCAGCUGGAGCGCCUGCGACGAGACGAUAUAUUCCUACCGGCCGGUAUUGACACCAGACCGGCACCGCCAGGUCAAGACGAGCCCGAGCCGAUCGAGCCGAUGGAGGACGAGUUUGAGGAUAAGGCCAUGGACAUGGGGCUUGUGUUUGUACCCGGACAGGCGCUGAGCGAUUUGCCCGACGGAGGGUACAGCUUCCCAGACGAUGAAAUCAUACAGAAUGACGAAGAGGCACCUCCACUGCAGCCACGGAUGUCCGGCAACUGGAACAUUGUGAAGCAGAGCAUGCUGCCGCGCACCAAGCAGAUAGUGAUGGAGGAGGAGGAGGUGAGUGGCUGCGACGCGGACCACGACGAGCUCUACUACGCGUCGGCUCGCAACUGUUUCCGAUACAUUGCGCCGAAGCGAGUCAGCACCCUGGAAGAAAUCGGCCAUGGUGAAUUUGGAUCCGUGUUCCGUGGAGUCUGGCAGUCGAGCACACAUGGAGAAGUGACCGUGGCUUUAAAGACGCUGAAGGAGGACAGCUCCAACAGUGCUCUGGGUGAAAAGAAACUGCUCGCCGAAGGACUGACUCUGGGCGGCUUUCACCAUCAGAACGUCUUGACACUCUACGGAGUGGUCGUCUAUGAUCGCAAUAUAUCACUGGUAACCGAGUUACUGAGCGGAGGAUCAUUACUUAACCACUUGUCCAGACUACGUCCCGUAGCCGGCGACGAGAUGGAUCCGAAGCUACCCGAGAAACUUCUGACUGUUGCCCAGGAUGUAGCCCGCGGGAUGGUGUACCUGGCCGAGAAGAACUUCGUCCAUAGGGACCUUGCCGCGCGGAAUAUUCUGCUCAGCGAGAAUUCAACAGCCAAGAUUGGUGACUUUGGAUUGAGCAAGCUGCUAUCGGAUGAUGACUACUAUGUCUCGCAUGGUGGCAAGUUACCAUACAAAUGGUGCCCUCCAGAGGUGAUCAACUACCGCAAGUUCUCAUUGGCUAGCGACAUAUGGAGCUACGGCGUUGUACUGCAUGAGAUCUGGAGCUUUGGCAGAAAGCCCUACUUCCCUAUGGACAACGAAACUGUACUGAAGAAGGUAUGUGGAGGCUACCGUAUGCACCCACCACCCGGAUGCAGCCGCCACCUAUACACGCUGAUGUCAGACUGCUGGCAUCCGGAUCGCAGAAAGCGGCCGACGGCCCUGCAGGCGUACGACAUGCUGAUCAAGAACACUGACAGGCUGCUGCAGCUGGACAGCGCUGCACGGAGGAGACUCAAUGGAGUGCCGACCGACGCAUACCAGCUCGGCGCGGGUAUCGAGACCAGCAAGGAACUCUACCAGGACAUCACCGCCAAGUACUCGCACUUCAACCACGACAUCGGCGGCAUGGACUAGGCCUGUCAGUGGUGAGUAAGUCGGCAGGCAGGGCUGUGCGUCUCUCCGCGCCUGUGCAGGCUACCUGUAGUCGUUUCUGACGUACUUGAGGUACAUGACAUCAUAUCAGCAUGUGAUGACAUCAUUUUGAGGUAACAUGACAUCAUCUUGAAGUAUUACGACAUCACCUUGAGGUAUCAUGUAAUCAUCUUGAGGUACAUACCAGGGCACCAUCGUGAUGUCCACAAUGCUGUCAAGGAUUAUAAUGACAGCAUUCCAGUAUAUCGAAUGCGUGCGGAAUAUGUUUUACGUGCAUGCGAUAUUCCGUUACCCUACAGUCGCUGAUAUCUACUGCAGCUCAUCCUGCUUAGACAACUUCUUAAUGAGAACAAUCAUUUUCGGAUUAUGAAAUAUUUUUCGUGUCCGUUCCCAAGGGAGUGGAGGUAUCCGUUCCCAAGGGAACGCACGCCUGUCACUGAUAAGUGGGUCAUUAUUCUGCUUGGUAGCAGCGGUUGAGUUCCCUUGGGAACGAAUAUGAUUUUUACUUUUACGGCAAGUAUUACCAAUGAUGACUGGUACGGUGAGGAUGGGCAUAUCAUUGCCUGCAUCGUCCGCCCUCGAAAGUCGGGUAUUGAUUUCAA